AUGGGCCGCAAAGGCGAGAAGAAACCGUUGUUGGCCAACAGCAAUGCCGACAAUUCCCGACCAGAAAAAGAUGUCACCCGUUACCGGAGCCUGGAACAUUCCAACGGAACAGGUACCAACAAGCAAAUUAACCACAGCAUUGAGUACACUUGGACUCACAUGAACGUGUACACGAGAAACGGAAAAAGCCAAAACUUUUACGAUACGCUCACGUCAUGCUGUUCGAGUGGUCUGAAAAACAAGACUGAAAGAAAACAAUUGUUAAACGACGUGAGCGGUUCGGCGCGACCGGGCGAACUGUUGGCGCUGAUGGGAUCCAGUGGCGCCGGCAAAACGACCUUGUUGAACUCUCUGACAUUCAGGAGCGACCACAACGUGAUAGAGUCUGGAGUUAGAUCCAUCAAUGGUAUACCGGUCAACAGCAAAUUGUUGACUGCCGUUUCUGCGUACGUCCAACAACACGACCUGUUCAUCGGGACGCUCACCGUCCGGGAGCACUUAAUAUUUCAGGCGAUGGUGCGAAUGGACAGACACAUACCGUACGAAAAACGAAUGGCUCGAGUCGAAGAUGUCAUACAAGAGCUGUCAUUAAGUAAAUGUCAAAACACUAUCAUCGGUGUGACCGGCAGAAUAAAAGGUUUAUCCGGUGGUGAAAUGAAACGUUUGUCGUUCGCUUCCGAGGUGUUGACAGACCCUCCACUGAUGUUCUGCGAUGAACCGACCUCGGGACUGGACUCAUACAUGGCUCAAAACGUGAUCAGUGUGCUCAAGUCGAUGGCGUCUAAAGGAAAGACAAUCAUUUGCACCAUUCACCAGCCGUCUUCCGAGGUGUACUCCAUGUUUGACAAGAUACUAUUGCUGGCCAGCGGCCGGACGGCUUUCCUGGGCACUCCCAACGAUGCCAUCGAGUUUUUCAAAACGCUCGGCGUCAGCUGCCCGAAGAACCACAACCCAGCGGACUUUUUCAUUCAACUGUUGGCCAUCGUACCGUCCCAAGAGCAGUGCUCAUACGAAACCAUCGACACGGUUUGCGAGGCUUACGAGAGCUCGAACUACAAGAGAGACAUGAUGGAACACCAAAAACAGUUGUGUGCCGCCGGCAAAAACACGGUGGACUGUAGUUGGGGUUCGAACGGUCUGGAGAACGUCUCGUCGCCGUACAAAGCAUCGUGGACGGAACAGUUUUCAGCGGUCUUCUGGCGGUCGUGGCUCAGUAUUAAAAAAGAACCAGCCCUCACCAAAAUUAGGCUCAUCCAGACCAUGUUGGUAGCCGCUCUGAUAAGUUUCAUAUUUUACAACCAGCACCUGGACCAAGACGGCGUGAUGAACAUCAAUGGAGCACUGUUCAUGUGUAUAUCUAACAUGACGUUCCAGAAUGUAUUAGCCGUUAUCAACGUGUUCUGUUCCGAACUUCCGGUGUUCAUGCGUGAACACCACAACGGCAUGUACCGGACGGAUGUGUACUUCCUGAGUAAGACCCUCGCCGAGGUACCGAUAUUCUUGGUGUUGCCCAUACUGUUCACGUCCAUCAUGUACUACAUCGUGGGCCUGAACCCAAAGUUCACACACUUCCUCGUGGCUGCCCUGUUCAUAACUCUCGUCAGUCUGGUCGCUGUAUCAUUUGGUUACUUUGUAUCGUGUGCCAGUGGUUCCAUAUCGGUCGCACUUUCUGUGGGGCCCACGAUCGUCAUACCUUUCCUGCUGUUUGGCGGUUACUUUUUGAACGUCGGAUCGAUUCCGUAUUAUUUCCGGUGGCUGAGCGUCUUCUCGUGGUUCAAGUAUGCCAAUGAAGGGCUGCAAGUCAACCAGUGGGCAGACAUCAACACCAUCCAAUGCAACAGGGUGAAUACGACGUGUCCCCGUUCUGGGCACGCCGUCUUGGAGUCUAACAGUUUUCUAGAGUCAAACCUCACAAUGGACAUAGCUUCAUUAUUUCUAUUAAUCAUCGCUUUUCGGUUCAUGGCAUUCUUGGCGCUCCUGGCCAGAACGACAAGAAAGUAA